AGCAUCCCCCGGGCCCCGUCCUCCGACGAGGAGUGCUUCUUCGACCUGCUGAGCAAGUUCCAGAGCAGCCGCAUGGACGACCAGCGCUGCCCCCUGGAGGACGGCCAGCCCGCGGCCGCCGAAGCCACAGCCACCCCCACCCUGGAGGGUCGGGUCGCCCAGCCCUCGCUGACGGCCUCCCCACAGACCGAGGAGUUCUUUGACCUCAUCGCCAGCUCCCAGAGCCGCCGGCUGGAUGACCAGCGUGCCAGUGUGGGCAGCCUGCCCGGCCUGCGCAUCACCCACAACAACCUGGGCCACCUGCGUGGUGAUGGGGACCCCCAGGAGCCAGGGGACGAGUUCUUCAACAUGCUCAUCAAGUGCCAGUCCUCCAGAAUCGAUGACCAGCGCUGCCCGCCCCCGGAUGUGCCACCCCGCGGCCCCACCAUGCCCGACGAGGACUUCUUCAGCCUCAUCCAGAGGGUCCAGGCCAAGCGGAUGGAUGAGCAGCGGGUGGACCUCGCCGGGAGCCCGGAGCAGGAGGUGGGCGGGCCCCCGGAGUCCCGGCAGCAGUGCCAGCCCGGUGCCAGCUAAGGCGCCCGCAGCCAGGCCUGCCCCCCACCCCCCAGUCCUGGACGGGGCUGGGGUGGGGUGUGCUCACCAACAUCCAGGAUGCUCAUGGCCCCCUCCCCACCAAGAAGCCUCCCUAGGCUGCGGCUGAGGGCAGGCUCUGAGCCAUGCGGCCCCGCCCACUGCGCCGGACGCCGGGCACCCAGCCCCCUCUGUGCCCCUUCCCAGGGCAGCAGGCUCAGGCCGGGGCUCGCUCCUGUCCUGCGCCCGCCCCACGCGGUACGUGGCUUCUCGCAGCCCUGCCCUCGCCCUCGCCCUGCCCCAGGCCGGCCUUCAGCAUGUCGGCUCCAAAGCCCAGGUGCUGUCUGGAUCCUCUCCACUCUCUCCCUGCCCCCUGCCCGGCCAAAUGUGAAGCCCCGCUGCCCACCACCCCCCACCCCCAGAGGCGUCUCUGAAGCCUCCUCUCUGGGGCCACCAGUGACGGGCAUUUCUGUUCUCCGGAAGCUGGCCCCGGUGUGCUGAGCACAGGCGUGCCCGCCCCAACUCGGCCUCACCCCUGGGAGGGCCCCUCCCAGGCCCUGUCCCGCUUCCUGCCGGGGCUGGAGGACAAGGACACACGGAGACUUGGCAAGCCUGCAGCCUGAGAGGGCAAUGCCCCCCCAACGAGGGUCUCUGGGCCCCACCAGGCAUGUCGUCAUGAGCCCACAGGGUUGGGAGGCCUGCCACCUUCCUCAACUCCAAGCCCAGGAGCCCAGGAACUGAGCCGGCCUGGUUCUGGGCAUACCAGCUGGCAAAGGUCCACCCCACUGGCCAUCAGCAGGGCGGGUGGAGCAGCCAGCCCCCCCACCCCGCGGGGCGAAUGACAUCACCCCCUUCUCCUGCGGGGUGAGCCGCCCUAGGUGUCGGGCAGAAGACAGGCCCCUUGGGAGACCACCACCAUCACAGGCACAAGGGGGCCCCUCCUCUUGGGUGGCACUCUGCCCAGCCUCAGGGUCCUGCUGGGCAAGUGCAAGGAGGCCACUGCACCCCUGCCCCUCUGUACAGCCUGGGGAGCUCGGGGGGCCUCCAGUGAGGUGGGGUGGUGGGUGUGGGGCCGGAGGGCAGGGCUCGACCAGCCUCAUGCCUGAGGGCGAUGUGUAUUUAUUGCUCACACGUGUUUGCCAUGUUGUCAGUGGGUCCUUUCCAGCCCAAGAGGUACAUUUGUUCUUGUUUUUCCUGAAAAAAUAAAAGUCUGCCAAGUGGA